UAAAGACGCACCAAUCGACAAAACCAAUGCAACGGCUCAAUUACACAAGACAUCUGGACCCCAGAAGCCUAACAACAAGAAGACGAAGAAGACGGUGCCAAAAACGGGAAGUUCCAGUACACUAGCAAGCGUACCACAGAGAACUGAAGAUACUGUGGCACCAGUAACAGGCAUUUCUACCACUAAAAGUCCGAGUAACGCGGAAUCAGUGCCCUCAGUUACAACAAAAAACGAUACAACAAAGCCCGAAUCAGAUAAUGGUAAGGGAAAACAGAAACGCAAUGUCAAAGCUACGAAAAUGCAACAGGCAAAGGGAAAGAGUAUCGCCGGGAUGACAAAGAGCAGUAGUAAGACACCGCAACAAGCAGAGAGCGUUAGUGACGAAAAUGCAGGGGUCAAGAUGGUAAUCGAAAGCGAUAAUGUCAACAAAAAAUUCGCCAAGGCAUAUCCUGGUCGAAAGCACAACAGCAAAACGACGAAAUCGACAGCGAAAAAAUCCGAUGCACCGUCAGGUUCUCAAACAGAUAUAUGCUCCACUCAGGUUGCUAGUUUAAGAACGGAGAGUCCCUCAGGUACAGCAGUACCAAAUGGCGAAAAUAUUUCAUCUUCAAAGAUCUUUAGCGACGAGAAGAUAGAGAAAGACCAAGUAAAACCAGUAGACAGUGGUAUUGGGGCCGAAAAGAAAACUACUAAAGCCACAGAGCCAGACAAAAAUGAAACUUUAUCUUCUGGUGGUGUAAUUCCAAAUGAGGACAAUGGAGUCGAGACGGCAGAAUCAGUGACGCAGCCAAGUAAAGGUGAUCCAGGCGGUUCUCACGGAGAACCCCGAAAGACUACCAAAUCGACGCAAUGGAAGCCAGAUGGGAGAAAGAUUCCAGUGAAAGAGAAUAAGAAGAGAACAACAGUCAAAAAAAAUGAAAAACAAUCAGCUGCAGUUGCGCAAAACGAGACCAGUGGUGGUAAUUCGGAAACCAAAUCCACUGAAAUGCAGAAGUCAGCGGCAAAAGCUGAAAGUACUAACUGCAAUGCGCAGACCUCCGGUUCUCGACCUUCUGAUCGAAAUCGUAACCAGAGCAUAGGCACACCUUCAGUGAGUAGAGUGGACCCCGAAAAGAAAGAUGAGGAGUCAGUUUGUCCCAUGGAACCGACCGAAACGUCACCUGAGUCCAUUACUGCUGGUGAAUCUUCUGCAGGUCAUGUGGCAGAUGACACAACUAAACAGAUCAUAACAACUGAUGUAUCCGACAAGGUUGUAUCAGAAGCUUCAUCUCGAAAGACACCGUCUAGUCGAAAGAACACUAAAAAGGAAAAAGCCUCCUUGAAGAAGCUGGAAGAAGUCUGUGAGCACAAUGAAAAAGAAAUAUCUAUUAGAAAGAACAACGAAACAUCGAAAACCGCCGUUGGUCAGAACGGCAUCGACAGCGCCCAGAGAGACGGGACCGAAAUCGAAGUGGAAUCUACAGCGUCGGCAGCUAAAACUGUUGGCUCAAAGAUCCGUGUACCAAAGUCUCCCUUUGAUCCCAAGCCUAAGAGCAAAGCGCAGCUACAGAAAUCGAGUAGUAUGGUCGCCGUCUCAGUAAGUAAGAGUAAAACAAGCGUCGCGGUAGAUCGAGCUAAAAUCUCGUUGCUUGGCGAUACAGGACUAACCGAGGGGAAAACUGUGUGUUUGAAGAAAUCUGAAAGUUACACAGCUACAACCUCGGACGACAGCGCAAAGCGGCAAUCUGCUCAGGGCAAAGGUGCUGCAUCUCAUAGGCGACAGAAAAUUUGUUCUCUGAACAAACAAAGAAAAAAUACAAAAGGGAAUGAUUCGGAACUAACGUUACAACAUCCAAACAGCAAAACCAUAUCGUCAUUCACGAAGGAAGGGAAGACAGAGUCGAACGUACCAGUGGAGAUCAGCGCACCAGAGUCAGCGUUGAAAAAUGUAAGGAAACGGGAGGAGAGUAAGCAAUUGACCACUGUCAAUAGCGAAGAACUCGAUGGUGACCAGUCGCCACGGAAAACAAAAGCCGAUCAGAAGUCAAAAGCAGAAGAAAGCGUACAGAACACCGGGACAGGUGACGUCGAUCGUGCAGCAAAAAUUCAGUCUAAGACACUGCAAGAGAAGGGUGUAGAAUCCGCAGAGACUGCACGUCUGCCAAAGACAAGUCCUCGCACGCGUCGACCGAAACUAACAGGAACACCAGAAGAAAUGAAGGCUACUGCCGACAUUAAAGCUCCGGACACUAAAACUGCAAAAGAAGUGACUGAAGAAAAGUCUCAUACGCCCAGAAAAGGAGAGAAUGCUCCCGAGACAGCUCUGCCGAAACACGGAAAUUCGCCACGUAAGAGAACUGACGAAGACGAGGGAACUGAAGCAAAACAGAGACCCAUAUGCGUGCAACAGGAAACAAGAACGAAUGACAAACUAAAUAAUGUGGAUAGUGCGCAGAAGAAAGGACAGGCGAAACAUGAACCGGUACCAUCCACAGUGACAGUAACCCUAAAGGCCGGAGAUCGCAAGAGAACUAGCAACAAGUCUGCCGACGAUACUGUGAGGACUGGCGAAACUGUUGAAUGUACUAUCUCGGCUAAUAUAAAGUCUGAAACAGGAGAAGCAAACAGAAACAGCGGAAUGGACACAGCCACCAAUGUCACUAAGAAAAAAGAACAGCGAAGUUCCAAACCACGUGAACAGCCCGGGCAAAAAAUGGCCGCCAGUGGGCCGUCUACUGUGACUGGAGAUGGCGUGAAAGUAGGCUCUCCUCGGAAACAAACUGCAGACCAGAAAGACGCAAACGCAAAAGCUAAAAACAUCGACGAAAUAUGUGUUGUUAUCGAAGAGAUACCUCAGGAGCAAAAGUCAAAAACAUUGGCAAAGACUGAAGCGGAUCCUCACAAAAAGCAGCGCAUAGACACCAAUCAGGAACAAAGCGCCAAAGAUAGUGGACUACCCCAGUCGUCUCCCAGGAAAUCUCCCAGAACCGUCUCGAAAACAGCACCAGCUUCAAGUCCCAGGUCUGAGGUGUCACCCAAGAUAAAUUCUCUCGACACAGAAGAAACUAAGGGGGCGGCACGAAUUGCCAUUGUUGAAAUAGAAGAAAUUAACGAAGUACCCGUAAGCGUCAGAGAGAAACAGAAGUCGUCACCUUCCAGUGAUGUUACAACUUCGGGUAACACUAAAUACAAGCGCAAUCAAGAUUCUACGAAAACCGGUAGUGCGAGAGAGCCCGACGCCUCUCCCCGCUCAAAACAAACAGCAACGAAGAAGGGUAUGGUCCCCAGUGGCCGGGCCUUUGAGCAUUCGGAAGACAACACGGCAGCCGCGGUGACACAAUGCACCAGCAAAACCGACGCACUUAACGCUCAACACAAUGGAAUCAAUGGCCCUGAGACUGCCAGAAGCACUUCUCCGCAACGUCUCAUAGCCCAAUUGAGGACAUUUAUGACUCAGGCAUCCCUGCUGCACAAGUUGGACCUUAAGACUAAGAUUCUAGAAUGCAUGGGUGUAAACGAAAUUAAGGAUGGGUACAAAAUACCGGGAAAUCGAAAAAAGCUUAAAACAUCUACGACUGAUUUACAGAAAGUUGCCGCUGCGUUGAAAGUUGGUAGGAAGAGACUGGAGGACCAGACCGGCAGUAAGGUAUUGGAGAAAGGUAAGAUGGUGUCCAUCCGAAUUGAGGACUCGAGCGCGGCGUUGAAGAAAAGUCUACAUGGCGUCAUGAGCACCAGAACAGACGUCGGGUCAAAGUCUUCCAUUGGUAGGGCGGAGGAGGCCAGGAAUAAGCUGAUUGGUUUACCGAGAGGCUUACUCGUUGGCAAGCAUUGGGACGGGAAGAGUGCCACGGGGAGUUCUGGCUUGAGUAGUUCAUCAGACACUCCGAAACCUAUUCUGGUCAAGGAUCGCGCUCGAAAACGUAAGGCGCGUACCGAACGGAAAGGGGUACCUCGUGUAAGGUUCAGCGAUACAACCUCUGGGCUGACAACAGCGAGCUCACGACCGUCGUACAGUCACGGAAGCAAGCGUCAGAGGUGGGCCAGCGCCACUCCAGAAAUAUCGGCUAGAGUGAAGAAGGUUUCACCUCGACGGCACGGAGGCAGCGCCGGGCCAAAGUUUCCUGUGGGCAUCGUUUCAUCCACGAUGCUCGCCUUGAAACGAAUGCGUCCUUCAAGCGUCGAGAAAUGCCGUUCCGUAAGUCCACCGGCGUCACGCAAGACUUCCAAGCCACUGUCCACUGCGGCUGUAGCUAUGAUGGCAGUAACGAUGAAAGCCAGAGAAAUUGCGAAGGUACCGCAGUACGGGACGAAAGCCGCAACCGAGCACCGCUCGCGCAGCCCCAGGGCCGCGUCGGUAAAGAAGCAAGCCACGAAGAGAGAAGCGAAUAAGAAACGCAACUGGAAGACCGAACAGCGGACUGGUGAAAUUGUAAUACGGGGCCUAACUGCGGUGGCUGAUAACUUCCCGGUCGAGGAUCGCAUGGAGGAGGGUAUGAGCGAUUUCGUGCCCCUGCAACAACCCAGGAAGCAGCGCGAGCGACCGCCGGACGAGUAUGACAGGACGCCAGUAAUAUCACAGACGUACAGUGAAGCAGACAAGCCCGUAUCGCCUAGAACAGGUAUGGGGUACCAAGCAGAUAAGGUCAUGCCGACUUGGCACUCUGCUUCCUACGCUCCGAGUCCACGAAAACCGAGCAAAAGUCCUACCUCCGAGAAGAGUCCUACGUUGCGCGUACUUCACGACAACAAGCGUCAACUCAGGUCCAAGACGACAGUUAUAAAUUCGUCACCUACGGAAGUCCCAUGUUCUGUAGCCAUAACGAAAAAAACGUCGGUUCCGGCACCGUCAGGAAAGCGAUCGCACCAGUCUUCGCGCACCACUCGCAAAGCGGCAGGAGCCGCACGAGCUUCGAUCGAGCACGUCGUCAAUAUCGACAUCCGCAUGGGCAGUUUAGCGAAAGAUUCGACGGCGCCAGAGGACGGGCGCGCACGGCCAGAAACGCCGUCAGCGAAGAACUCCAUCGUGACGAAGGAUUCCAGCGUCGGAACCGAGGAGAUGCAAGUGUUGGAUGUAUGCAUAAGGGCGCUGCCCGCCGCAGGGGAUGAUGCAGAGUCUGACGAGACGAGCGUACACACGCUGAUGAGAGCCAAGGACAAAUCGGAGACCGGCGGAGGAGACGUUGACGACGCGGCCUGCGACAGCUCCGAGAGCAUGCUGGCUCUGACCGACGUGCAGGCUGGCGGCGCCGGGGACCGAAUCCCCAGCUACGGAGUCGACGCCGACGCCGAUGCCGAAGCCGACGAGGACAGCGGCGCAGAGUCCGACGCGUCGUCCAAAACUUGGCCGCGGGCUACGCUCGUCACACCCACCACCAAAACCUUGGCUGCCAGCUUCCCGCGUUUCUCCACGUCUUCUGUUCCCGAGGAGGCGGCGCGGGCGACGGCGGCGCUGGAGCGGUCGCUGCGGCUGGUGGCGCGCGCCUGCCAGUCGCGGCCGCUGGAGUGCGACCUGCGCUGGAGCGCGUGGCUGUCGGCGCUGCACGCCGGCGACCCGGACGCGGCGGCCACGCCCUUCCCCGCGUCGCUGUCGCGCAGCGGCCGCCGGGACGUGGACAUGGCGCUGGCCGCCUCGGUGCGGGUGCCCGCGCUCUGGCUGCUGGCGGGCCUGCGGGCCGCCGAGCUGGGCGCGCGCACCGUCAAGCUGCUGCACUGGCUGCUCGUGCGGCUGCCCGCGGAGGGGCCCGCGCUCACAGCGCUCCACCCCAAGGAACUCACCUGUCCCUGCAAGCCGUCGGCGGCGUUCAAGGUGCGCGUGUGCGCGGGCAGCUCGCUGGACGCGCGGCUGCGGUGGCGCGCGCGCGGCCUGCCCGCGUUCGAGGCGUGGGCCAGCCCGGCGCCGUGCCAGCUGCACGGGCUCGUGUGCGGCGGCGCCACCACGCCCGUCGGCGUGCUCUCGCUCACGCUGGCCGGGGCGCUGCGCCGCGCGCAGCCCGGCUACGGCUGCGGCGCCUCCCGGCUCGGCUCCCGCCUCCGCUGCGUCCUCAAGUGCCAAGUCGCCCACCACCCGGAGCUGGUGGAGCGAAUCGGCGCUGACGCGGUGGUGGUGCGCGGCCUGGACCUGGUCCGCGUGCGUCAGCUGCUGGUGUUCAACGAGCCGCUGCCGGAGGGCGCGUUGGCGGUGUGGGCGGCGCGCGCACUCAAGAGGCGCCGCCUCGUCGUCGCCGUCGCCUCCAUCGUGCUCACCUACCUGCUCGUCGCCAUCAUCGCCUGGGUCGCGGACCCGGCCAUCGUCGGGCUAGGCGACGGGGCCGACCUGCUGCUGCGCCGGAUCCUCCCGUGGCCAGACGAGCCCGAGCCACCCGCCGCCACUCAUCGUUUCAGUUUCUGGGCAUAGCGGCCCGCAACGCCCGUGUGUGCGCGUCUUUGUGUCUGUCGCGUUUGUGUUCACCAGUCCUAGUGGAACGUCUCCGACUUCGAAUCGUCUGGCCUUCGUUUAUAUCGUACCACACUACUAAAAUAAAAUAGCAAAUUUUUAGCACUGUAA